UUUUAAAAUCUAGUUUACUGCGGAGGCUGUCCCAGAGCCCUGCAGUGGUGUUCAAAUCUUUUAUUCAUCUCUGAAUACUUCUGAGCUUCAGUUAGUACCCUCGCCCACUGCCCCCACUAGCCGCCGCCCCCCCAUUCGCCGGAACUUCCAAUUUCAGUCGCCGAAAAACAACAACAACUCCGUCUACAGCGUAGAAUGGUAGAAGGUGAACCUCCUUUAAAGCACAAGCAAGACUGUGAUGUAAAGGACGAGCGCGUACUCAACGGCCGUGGAUCUAAAGAUCUCGAGCUUGGCACCUUAGGCACCAAAGAACUGACCAAAGUCGCAUCGGAUGUUGGAAAGAGCAGCGACAAAGCGGACUUCGAACAAGCCAUAGAACUAACUAAAUAUGGAAAGUUUCACUAUAUUCUGUUAGCAAUAUGUGGCUUUGUGAGCACCUCGGAGGAGAUGGACGUCAUCUCGAUGUCCUUCAUCCUCCCCGCGGCCCAAUGCGACUUAAAUCUAAACACGCAGACCAAGGGGUGGCUGAACUCUAUCAUCUUCGUCGGGAUGAUGGCCGGAGCUUACACCUGGGGUUCCGUGGCAGAUUCUCUUGGGCGUAAGAAGGUGCUCAUCGUGAGUUCCUUCAUGAAUGCCAUAUGCAUUGUAGCCUCGAGCUUCAGUCAGUCAUAUGAGCUGUUCAUGUUAUUCCGAUUUCUAAAUGGGGCGGCAUUAGGGGGCAGUGGGCCAGUAAUCUGGUCCUAUUUCGCAGAAUUUCAACCCAAAUCCAAGAGGGGCUCUAUGCUUUCGUUCAUGGCAGCCUUUUGGACCUUGGGUAACCUUUUCGUAGCCGGUCUGGCUCAAGCAAUCAUACCAACGAAUAUAGGCUUCGAAACAAAUGGCUUCGUUUACAAUUCCUGGAGAAUUUUCUUGCUUGUCUGUGCUCUACCAUCGUUCAUCGUAGCUGGACUACUAUGUUAUUUGCCAGAGAGUCCGAAAUUCUUACUAUCACAGGGAAGAAGUGAAGAAGCCAUCGCAAUUUUCAGAUAUAUCUAUCGCGUCAACACCGGUAACGACUGCGAUGAUUAUCCUGUGAAACAUCUUAUCUAUGAAGAAGAAAUAUUGACUGUAGAAGAAAAAGAAAAAAUAGCUAAGAGAGGCAAGUACAAAAAUAUGAUAAUAGAUAUCUUGGAUAACAGCAAACAGUUGUUCGUCUCGCCUAUUUUGAAAUACACAAUCAUCUCUAUUACCAUCAACUUCACAUUCCAUAUUGGCUACUACGGUUUGAUGAUGUGGUUCCCGGAGCUUUUCAAUAGGUUCGACAAAUAUGGGGCAGCUUAUCCUGGUGAAAGUGCGGGGGUAUGUCAAGUCACAGACUUUGUCGUCAGUCAAGGAAGCCAAGGUGGAGAAAAAUGCAUUAGAGAAAUUUCAUUUAAUGUAUUCAUGGAGUCUUUGAUUACUGUUGCUGCAGCACUUCCAAGUAACAUCGUCGCAGUUCUUUUAAUGGACAGACUUGGUAGAAAGUUUUUUUUAGUAUUCAGUACAGUAUCAGCUGGGUUAUGUUCAGCAUCUAUGUAUUUUGUGUAUAACAAGACGCACAACUUGAUAGUAUCAGCCACUUUCAGUGGCGUAAUUUCGUGUGGUAAUGCAGCAUUGGACUGUCUUAUUACUGAAAUAUUCCCAACUAAUCUCAGGGCUACAGGUAUAGCUAUUUCUAUGGUGGCUGCUCGUUUGGGUGGCAUCAUUGGCAAUAUAGUUAUCGCAACCCUCCUCGAUAUGUACUGUCCAGCGCCUACAUUUAUAGUAGCAGCGCUUCUCAUAGGCGGAGGUCUGCUUUGCCUGUUUUUACCAAAUACUACUCGCGAACCAUUAUCUUAAUCUUUAAAUAUAUUAAUAUAUACAUUAUAUAAUCAUUAAGAACUUGUUCACGUUGCUGUUUUGUUUUUUAUUACUUUAUGAUUUUUAUCAAUUUAAUUCAUAUGCUAAUGCGCUAUAUUUUAUUUUUUAACCAAAUACUCUUUUGAGCAAUUUUCCAAAUUCUACUAAUACAUAUCAAUAGAAGAUAAAAUAUUGCGCAGUUGGCAGCCAUUUGUAGAUAUUGAAUGUAUGUUCAUGAAAUAGUAUUAGUAAUGUAGGAAAAUAUGUAAUAGAAUUUAGUUACCACACACUUCCAUCACUUAUGUAAUAUAUUAAUUAUUAAUAUUAAUAAUAAAACAUUGAUUUGUGCAUUAUACGCUCAA